AUGGCGGGCAAGGAUGGCGGGAGCGGUGAGGGCGGGCGAGGCGUGGUGGAGUGCGGAAGCGAGACGGCGCGGAGGCGUGCGGUGGCCGGCAUGUGCGUGGCGGGCAUGGCUUACUACACAGCGUGGAAGUCGUGGGCGUUUGUGGGCAAAGAGAUCAUGGCCGAACUCGAGGUGGAUAAGGCUGCGCUUGGCUCGCUCUCGUCGGCGCUAAUUCUGGCCUACGCUGCGUCCAAGUUUGUGGUCGCUCCGCUCGCCGACACGGUGGACGUGCGGCUGAUGCUCGCCGGUGGCCUGGCUGCCAGCGCGCUUGUGGCGCUAGCCUUUGCCUCGGUCUCGUCGCUGCCGCUGAUGGUGCUCCUGUGGGCGGGCAACGGUCUUCUUAACGGCGCCUGGUGGCCGCCGUGCGGCAAGCUGCUCAUCUUCUGGUUCCCGCCUGACCAGCGCGGGACGUGGUGGGGCGUGGUCUCCACCACCCGCCCGCUCGCCGGCGCCCUCCUUGCCUUUAUCGUUCCGCCGCUUGCUGCUACCUACGGCUGGCGCAUGGCCAUUGCCAUCCCGUCAGUUGUCUCGCUCCUUGCAGCCGGACUCGUCCUGGCGUGGACGGCGCCGCCGCCGGCGACGGCCGGCGAGCAGUCGGCAGCAUCGCCGGUCAAGGUGACGGCUAAGAAGGCGGCGGUCAAGGAGGCGGUGUCGGGGAACGCAUCGUCGGUCUCGGCGCUCCUCACUAACCCGUCGAUGUGGUGGCUCAACUUGGCCUGCGCCUUCUGCCUCGCAGUCAAGGUCGCGCUCGGCGACUGGCUCGUCAUGUGGCUCGAGGAGAAGCGCGGGUUCGACAAGGCUUCGGCGGCCGCGCUCAUCUUUUGGCUCGAAGUCGGAUACGGGUCUGGCUCGCUGACCUGCGGCUGGAUCUCGGAUACGUUUUGUGGCGGCUCGCGGGCCAAGGUCAAUCUGUGGGCCCAGGUGGUGGCGUCGGCUGCACUCGGCUGGCUCUUCUACGGCCCGCUUCCGGCGCCUCAGCUCUCGCUGCCGGCCGUCGUCUUUGUCUUUGGCGCCGCUAUCAACAUGCCGGCUACGCUCAUCGGCAUGGUGGCGUCGGAAAAGGUGACGCCGAGCCUCGCGGCGACGGCGUGCGGCAUUGUAGGUGGCGUCGGCUACCUCGGCGCCUCGCUCUGCGGCUUCCCCCUCGGCGCGCUCGUGCAGGCCUACGGCUGGCCGAUGGCCGAGACACUGCUGGUGACGUUCUCGGUAGGCGCCGCCAUUGCCAUGGUCCCGCUCAUCGGUGACGCGCCGGUCCCGGCGCACGUCGAGUAG